UGCAGUCGGACAGACGUCAAAAGUUGCACACGGGAGACACGGGAGACUCGUUCCAGAGGCCAUGGCAGCAGCGGUGGCGACAGUUCCUUUACCACCACAGACAUUCACCGUGCCAUUCACAGCAGUCAGCAGCAGAGAGAGAAAGUGCGGACUGCCUCUGAAGAGACGCUAUAGCGAGUCGUCCAGGGAAGAGGAGGAGGGAGAGCGAGGUGGAGUGGAGUGCUGCUGGCCCGUCAUCAGCCCAUAUGCUGACACUCAUUACCUCCUCCAGCCAAGA